AUGUCCGACGAACAGAAGAACGUUGAGCUCCCCCAGGAGACUCAACCUGUCACCACCGCCGACGUUCCCGCCGAGAUCAAGCCCCUCGAGGUUGUCCCCGUCACUGAGGCUCCCGUUGUUGUCGCCGACGCCGAGGCUGCGCCCGCUGCCGCUGCCGCCGCUACUGAGGCUACCGAGGCCGAGGCCGCCCCCGCUGCCGCUGCCGAGGACAAGAAAGAGGAGGAGGUCAAGCCCGUCGAGGAGGGCCAUCUUGAGCACAAGGGCCAGCCCGCCAACUUCCCCAAGAACCUUCUCUUCUCCAAGAAGUUCUUCUGGUUCGGAAACGAGGCCGUCGAUCUGAAGUCCAUCAGCAGCUUCAAGGCUGACAAGGCCGCCGAUGUUGCGCACCACGUUACCGCCUGGGCCGCCGAGACUGGCAAGGGUCUCCUCUUCUUCAGCGAGAAGUCUGACAAGGCCGCUCCCCACGGCGCCAUCCACCUCGCCGAUGCUUCUGAGCCCGCCACCGACGGUCCUACCAAGUUCCACUUCACUGCCAAGGGCCACAAGCACGCUUUCAAGGCUUCCAACACCGCUGAGCGCGACAACUGGGUCAGUCAGCUCAAGGUCAAGAUCGCCGAGGCCAAGGAGCUCGCCACCACCGUUGUUGAGAGCGAGACCUACAAGAAGACCAUCGAGACCCUCAAGCCUGCUGCUGUGAAGAAGGAGGAGAAGGCCCCCGAGGCCGCUGCCGCUACUGAGCCCGCCACUGAGGCUGCCGCUGAGACUCCUGCCACCGAGGAGACCCCUGCUGCCACUGAGGAGGUUGCUGCCACUGAGCCCGUCGCUAAGGAGGAGGCCAAGGAGGAGGGUUCCAAGCGUCGCUCUGCUAGCCGCAAGCGCACUUCGAUCUUCGGCAACCUUGGCUUUGGCAAGAAGGAAGAGAAGAAGCCCGUCACCGUUGAGGCUGUCCCCGAGCCCCAGGAGGGUGAGACCGAGGCUCCUGCUGCUGAGGCCGCCACCGAGGCCCCCGCCACUGAGGAGGCUGCUGCCACCACCGAGCCCGCUGUCGCCGAGACCUCUGCUGCUCCUGUCGAGGAGGCUGCUGCCCCCGCUGAGGAGAAGAAGGAGGAGGCUGCUGAGACCCCCGUCAGGCCCACCCCUGCCAAGCGCACCAGCCUUUUCGGCAACCUUUCCUUCGGCAAGAAGAAGGCUGCCUCUCCUGCGCCCGUUGCUACCGAGGAGGCCCCUGCUGCCACCACUGAGCCCGUCGCCGAGACCGCUCCUGUGAUCCCUGCCGUUGACACCACCGAGCCCCUCUCUACCGAGGUCAACUCUCCCGCGACUGUCCCCACUGAGACCGUCGAGGUCCCCGCUGCCACCAACGGCGAGUCUUCUCCCAAGAAGGAGGUCAAGAGCGAUAAGCGCAAGAGCUCUCUUCCCUUCGCCUUUGGCAAGAAGGAGAAGGCCACCUCUGACGAGGAGAUUGAGAAGCCCAAGUCUCCCUCUCCCUUCUCUCGUCUCCGUGAUACGAUCAAGGGCAAGGGUAAGGGUAAGGCCGAGAAGUCUGACAAGGUUGAGGAGAAGACCGAGGAGGUUCCCGCCAUCCCCGAGACUGAGGUCGAGGCUGAGGCCGCCAAGGAGGAGGCUGCUCCUGCCACCACCGAGGAGGUUGCUAAGCCCGCUACCGAGACUGAGGCCACUCCCGCCGCCCCGGCUACCGAGGAGACUGAGGCUGAGAAGCCUGCUGCCUCUGUCCCUGUGACUGCUGCCGCCUAG